AUGGAGGGCAUUCACUUACGAAUGAGCAUGGCUGAGAUGGCAUUCCAGCACGACGACGUCAUUGACGACAUGGAAUUUGCUGUACGACGGUUUCCGGAAUGUUGUGAGCAGUUAGUUCCUCAUGUCAUCCGGUUGAUGCGUUCACCUAUAGAAUCAAUCAGAGCGUCCGCUUUUGGCUUCGCUCUGGACAUCAUCAGUCAAAAGCCUCAGACCCGAUGCCAGCUUAAAGAAGCUUAUAUCAGCACAAUGCAAAGUAACGAUUUGGACGUUGCACGACAAGCUAUCACCUUCUUACCGGAUUUUGUAAACGUAUGUAUAGCCAACGCUGACGAACUCAUCAGUGCGGCGAUGCACUGCUGCACACUAAGAAAUGCUCUUAACGACGUAAACGACUACAUUGUCGAAGCAAUGGCUGUAUUUGGUCAGUCGAAAGUCGAAUGA